AUGUUCGUGGAGGCUCAGAGGCUUAGGGGGCCUCACUCAGCCCUCCUGCUCCUGGGACUCGUGCUGGGCGCUGCAGCCCAGCUCACGUGUGUGGGGGACGCCUACCCCAAAGACGGCAGGUGCUGUCGUGACUGCCUGCCGGGUUUUGGGAUGGAGAGCCGCUGCAGCAAAGGCCAGGACACCGAGUGCCUCCCGUGUCGGCCUGGCUUCUACAACGAGGCUACGAACUACGAACCCUGCAAACCCUGCACACAGUGCAAUCAGAGAAGUGGGAGCGAACCCAAGCGGAGGUGCACACCCACACAGGACACUGUCUGUAGCUGUAAGCCAGGCACAGAGCCCCAGGACGGCUUCAAGCGUGGAGUUGACUGUGCCCCAUGCCCACCGGGACACUUCUCCCCAGGUGACGACCAGGCCUGCAAGCCCUGGACCAACUGUACCUUGAUGGGAAAGCGCACAGUGCAGCCAGCCAGCAAAAGCUCGGACGCUGUCUGUGAGGACAGGAGCCCCCCAGCCACACUGCCGUGGGAGACCCAGCACCCCCCAGCCUGGCCCCCCACCACCCAUCCCACCACGGCCUGGGCCAGGGCCCCACAGGAGCCCUUCACACCCCCUACAGAGCCCCCCAGGGGCCCCCAGCUGGCUGUUGUCCUGGGCCUGGGCCUGGGCCUGCUUGCCCCCGUGGCCGCCGCGCUGGCCCUGCUCCUGCACCACCGAGCCUGGCGGCUGCCCCCUACUGGAAAUGGCUUCCGGACCCCCAUCCAAGAGGAGCAUGCUGACACCAACUCCACCCUGGCCAAGAUCUGA